AAUUUCUUUACAAAUUUAAAGACAGAAAUAAUUUAUUUAUUUAAAUCUAAUGCCAUUUACAACCAUGGAGUGCAUCUGGUUUCCAUUAUAAUGAUUUCCAUUAACAAAAUAUCCAAAUGUAAUAUUUGUUUUCUUGUUGUUUUUACUCGAUUGUAGAUUACGCGUAAGAAUAUAACCUACACAAUUUUAUAUGCUGAUACAAUAGGCGCAUAGUGGAAACAAUGUUUUCGUAUUGUUCUUGUAAGUCAUGUUUUUUCCAUAUUUGUCUCUGAAGUCAUAUACGCUAUACGCGAAUGGUAUUAAAUAGCUUUACGAAAAAGAAAAUAUAUAGAGUACGCAUGUUAAGGUAAAUUACCGAUCGAGUUUGGUAUAAGAAAGAAAAAAUUAUAUUUACCGACCGAGUCAAUGGAAAGUAAGAAAAACAUUUACAUUAUUAUUUUACUGCUUAUCUCUCUGUCUGUUAAAGAAAAAGUUCGUGAUGUAUAAACAAUCUGUUAUAAUAUAAUUAUAUUUUAUAUUUAAUAAAUAAUAAUAAUAAGGAAAGACAUCUUAAACGAAUUAUACCAAAGUGUCGUCCACCUAUAAGAAUUAUUGACAAUUCAAAUAAGAGUAAUAACAAUAUGCCUAAGGAUUCAAGUUCUUUUGUACAUAAACAAGAUAUUAAAAUGAAUUCAAAAGAUUUCGUCAAUAACACAUAUGAUGAUGAUACUGAUAAUGAGAAUUCUGAUAACGACAGUUUAUUAGAUGAAUCCUUAAAAGUAAAUCACUCAGUAAAAAGUAAUUCUUCAUUGGGAGAUAAACAUAAUGUUAGUUCACAAAUAUUUAAACCAGAUACUCCUGUUAAAACGAAGAAAGUUAAUGAAGAAGAUAAGAAAAAUAGUAACUUAUAUUAUUAUAUAUUUAUACUAUUAUUUGUUGUUAUUGGAUACAUAUGUUUGCCUAUAUCACAAAGUUAUAAUAAUAAAUCGAUGGAAUAUGAUAAACAAGAAAAAAUGAUACAUGAAUUACAUAAAUCAAUAACAGAUGCCAAAUUAAAAUUUAAAAGUCAAAAAUUUAGUAUGUGGAAUGCAUUCUCAUCUCAGUUAGAAGAAAUUAUUAAUGGAUCGACGAAAGUUUCUAUCGUUAUUUUACUUGGAAGUGAAGGAAAUACAAUCAAAUGUUUAGCGCAUAUGUUUGGGGACAUAAGUAGCAAGACUUUAGGUGGUGAUAAUUAUUUAACAUUGAAUGCGAAAAAUAUUGGAGAUGAUCAAGGAAAAAUCAUUAAUAAAUUAAAAACAGAGAUUCUGAUUAGAAGAGCUGUGAUUAUAGAAGAUUUGCUUGAUAUAAAUCCUGAAGCCAUUAAAACAUUGCAUAGUUUGUGUGAUAAAGAAAACCCUUUAAUUUCAAAGACCAUGUAUAUAAUUACUAUUAUAUCGAAUGGUUACGAAGAAUUAAACGAAGAUAAGUUUGUAGAAGAAUCUCUUACUGCCAAAUUUUCUAAAUCUAUUGAUUUGGAUAUUUUAAAUCCUCUUAUUACUCGAAUCAUGGAUGGUCCGAUAAUAUCAAUUUUACCAGAGCCAAAUAUGAAAGGGGAAAAAAAUAUUGAUGAAUGUUUACUUCUUUAAUUUUUCUAAUCUUUUUUUUUUCAUGGAAUAUAUAAUUAUAUUAUACAUGAAAUAUUUAUUAUUUGUAUAAAAAUGCAAACUAUCUGUUUGAAAGUGUUUCAUAAAGGUAUGGUAGAACUAUAGGCACAUCAUUUUAUAUUAAAUAUUAAAAACAAGAAUAAAAAAUGUAUAAUAUGGAUUGAAAAAAGCUGUAGAAAUCCUUAUUAUUAUGCAAAUUUAUUUUGUUAUGCCAAACAAUGAUACAGAACGAUAUUUGUAACUGAACUAUCUAAAGCAUAAUUCAAGAUAAUUUCUACAAACUUAUAAAAAAUAUAACAAUGAGAUAGAUGCCUCUGAUAUAACACUAGAUUUUGCCUAUAACGGCCAAGAUUAUUUGAGUUUAAAGUAUAGUAAAAUGGAUUACUUCAUGCAUGUGACACUCCACAUUUUCGUUAUUAUCAUUAUAGCGUAAUAGUCGGCAGUCGGCGUUAUAAGUAUCGUCAGAAAUCGUACGUUUAUGGGCGUCAUUGCCAAUUUACAAUAUCAUCGAUUACUUACAAUUAUUUUCAAUUAUUGCACAUACAAAAAAUUUAAUUAAUAAUUAUUAUUAUUGCGAUCAUAUUGCACGAAUUUUGGAAAAAUAUUGAUUUGUAAACAUAUUGUAUACAAUUUGUUUAUAAAUCGAAUUAAUGUAUAUAUAAAUAUUUAACCAAAAAAAAAAAUAUAAACAAACUUAUCUUGUUAUUUAACAAGUAUUAUCCAAUCAAUAUAGCUCAAUAAGUAUAAUAAAUUACACAAAAAUAUUAAACUUAAGAGUUAUACAUAUAUCGCAAAAAGUUUUGUUUGAUCUUUACAUAGAAUUUUUUUUAUAAAAAUCAAAUUACACUUAUUUUAAUAAUCCUUUUGUUUUAUUCAUUUUUUGGCAUUAUUAUAAAGUGUUCAAUUAAAUUUCUAUAUCGAAAGAUGUUACAUGCAGUAAAAUGUUAGUAAAAAAGAGGUAAACAUCUUUUGAAUAUACUUAUGUACUACAGUGUAUUAUAAAUUGGCAACAAGUACUCAUAGUUGCAUACUUUGCUAAAGAAAUUUAUUAGCAAAGUUUCUACUAUUGAGUUUUAUUAUGAUACAGUCGUUUUCUGUCAUAAUUCAAAUCGGUAACUAAAAAUAGGAAAUAUAUAUAGAAAUUGUAUAUAAUAUAGUAUCGUCAAACCUAAAUAAUAAAUACAGUUUAUACAGUCACAGACUUUUUAUACAGAAUGUCCAAAAUCUAAUGUGCUAUACAAUAGUAAUAUAAACAAUUUGCAAUCCUUA